AUGUGUCGUAGCAUAACUCAAAAAUUACGAACUCGGGUCCAGCAGCAGUUCCAUAAUCUGGAGGUAUCAGGAUCUAUUGGACCCGCGUUUCUAGAGCUGUGGCGACAUAAUCUUUUCGUCGCGGAUGAAGAUGCUUCGCCCUUGAUUGUAGGAUACACAACUGAGUCUUCUUACGCAUCGGUUGUAUUUGAGUGUGUCUUCAAGACCAAAUUCGAGCGCCACAAUCGUCCCAUUCUGGUUGUACCUGAAAUAGUACUGAGGCUGCACUACGCAAAUACGCCAGAUGUCUUCAUCUUCUCCGUUUUCGAUGCAGACUGUGAGCCAAUAGCGAACUCUGGAUGUGCUGAAAUGAUCGCCUAUUACAUACAAGAGUACCACGAACAAAGCAAACUAAUGAUGAUAUCGGGUGAGGCGAUUAAUACCAAGGACUUGGACGAGCGGGUCUCGUUACUAUCGUCUGUAUCUAGCGUAUCGCGACGGCAACAUGUCUACUUGCCAGUUGUAAGUAUUUCGUUCGCCGAACGACUGCAAAACAGUCCGAUAGAGUUGCUCUCCCCAGUGGCGACGUCACUAAUUGAGCCCAGCGAGCGCCGCUUUUGUGCGUACUUGUACGCACGCUGUGAUCGACUAAAUCGAGAGUACAUGUUUGAUUUGUUGAACGCUAUGGAACCUGUCGACGCUCUCGGAAUGUGCGCUGGUUCUUUAAGGCCCCCCGACAAAUCAUAUAAACCGUCACGGUACUCUAAAUGGUUUAAUGAUGAAGCGGUAAUGUCGUACAAGCGCUAUAAGUUUGUAGUCGCAUUCGAAAAUUCAGCAGAACCAGGCUACGUGACAGAAAAACUCGUCAACCCUUUGCUUGCGGGUAGUAUUCCAGUCUACUCGGGGAACUCGACGACAGCCUCGCAAUUGUUUAAUCCUGGCAGUUUUAUCGAUUGCGGACGCUUUGAGAACCUGGAAAACUGUGCAUCAUUUGUUUUGCAAGUUCACAAGUCGCCGGAGCUGUACGACCGGAUACGUCGAGAGCCACCGAUACGAAACAUCACUUUAUUUAAUGAAGUAUUUUCGUGGCAUCCUUCUAUAUCUAGCCGAGACUUGACGGACAAAGUGGCGAAGAUGCUUCAUUAA